CCUUUGGACUGGAAGAAAGCAAAUACACAUUUCAAAUGCUAUGCAGUUGUCUCUGCAAAAAAAUUGCAUAUCUGCCCUAGGGAGGAGAUACUGGUCUUAAAACAUAACAUGGGAAGAGUCCAGGUAGAAGAUUUUUUAGCAGGGUACCUUGGAGGAGCUGCUAGUGUUAUUGUGGGACACCCCUUGGAUACUGUCAAGGUUCGACUACAAGCUGGACAAGCAUAUGGAUCAACAUUUAACUGUAUUCUCACAAUUUACAGAAAUGAAUGUGUUACUGGAUUCUUCAAAGGAAUGUCCUUCCCUUUGGCUAGUAUUGCAGUUUACAACUCUGUAGUGUUUGGUGUCUUCAGUAAUGCCCAAAGAUAUAUUAGUCAGUAUCGAGGUACCAGCCGAAGACAUUUUCCUGAUCUUAUAGACCUGACUUUUGCAAGCAUGUUAGCUGGAUGUGUUUCUGUGGGGAUUGGUGGUCCUGUUGACCUGGUAAAGAUAAAACUGCAAAUGCAAACGCAAUUGGCUUCUUCAGGUGUCAUGUCACUGUCUGAGAACACAAAGCUGCGUCACCAUCAAACAACUUAUAAUGGUCCAAUACAUUGUGUGAACUGCAUUCUGAGGAAAGAAGGUCUUUUGGGAAUGUAUCGGGGAGCAGGAGCAAUGUUUUUGAGAGAUAUUCCGGGAUAUUGCUUGUACUUUAUACCUUACAUAUAUUUAAGUGAAUGGAUGAAAUUAGAGCACCACACAAUGCCAAGUGCUUUGUCUGUGUUGCUGUCAGGUGGCAUUGCAGGAGCUAUUUCCUGGGGCACGGCUACUCCAAUGGAUGUAGUAAAGAGCCGUCUUCAAGCAGACAAUCUGUAUAACAGAAAAUAUAGAGGAGUCAGAGACUGCAUUAGGCAAAGUUACUGUAAUGAAGGUAUUCAGUCCAGAUCUUCACCUAUGAAUACGUUCCAAAAGCUGGUUAUGCAAGAACUUAUCCAGUUACAGGAUACUAUUGAUGACAGCGAGCAUAAGAAUCUAUCCAGAGGUAUUUUUCAGGGGAAUCACAGUAAAUGCCGUACGUGGCUUUCCAAUGAGUGCUGCAAUGUUUUUGACCUAUGAACUUUCAUUAAAAGCCCUGAAGAAGAGCAAGGAAUCAAAUUAAACUGAUUUACAAGCAAAUUAUACUCUUGGAAAUGUUAUUCUGAAUAAUAUAUAUUUUACGUAGGCCAUAAAAUUACAUCUGACUAACCAAUGCCAAAAAUACCAAUGAAUGAAGAGACGUCAUUUGCCAUGUACAUGUCAUUAAAGAAGAAUGAAUAGUGCUUGCUCUGGUUAAUAAUAGCAGCACGAAAGCCCGUUACUAUAUUACUAGCAACCACAAAGAUAAAAGAUUAUAAACAGGAAAAGAAGCCUUUGAACUGCUGCAUCGCAUAAAUUAGGUCAUCGGCAUAAUCACAUAUCAGGAAUGAACGAUGCUGUUGUUCCAUUUCAUUGUGUACUGACAAAACUAGAUAUAAAAUUUGUGAAAUG